AUGGCUCCAUUCCACGUGGAGGGACCAGAUGCAUCUGGAAUGAUGCGCCUGCCUGGGUCAGAAGGGUUUCCUGGUGCUGCUGCUGCUGCUGCUGCUGGCUCCCGCGAUAGUGCCAGUGUGGCAGCAGCAGCAGCAGCAGCAGCACCGUCGUCAGCCCUGUCGUGGUAUCUCUCUCGUGUUGCAUCUGCCACAUCUCUUGCCGAUGAAGAUUGUUGCCCCACAUGCCUCGAAGGGUACACGGAGGAGAAUCCGCGGAUCACCACGGAGUGUGCCCACCACUUCCAUCUGGGGUGCAUCUACGAGUGGAUGGAACGAUCCAACCUCUGCCCUGUCUGCAGCAAGGAAAUGAAGUUCAAUGAGUUCAUGACUUAA